UAUAGAUAUUUGCAUUGCCGCUUACGCUUGAAGGCUCGAUGUCCAGCUCGAGGAAUAAAACAAGGGAAUGACCCUAUUAUUCUUUCUAAAAACCACUCUCACAGAGUCAUGCAGCAAAAUCGACUUAGUCAGAGAUUUAAAGUCGAGCUAACGGCUUCAGCCCGUCAGUCUUUUUUACCUUUGCUCACAAUUUACAAUGAGGUGGCUGCUAAUUUUCCGGACCUAGUUGUGGCUAGUGAACCGUUUCAAAGCGUACACAGGCUGAUGGCCAAUUCUCGUCACAGAUUUAUUCCAGAUGAUGUGGAGAGUUACGUUGAUUUAAUUAAUACUCUCAAUAAUCCACAUUAUCAUCAGUUACGCGAGUACUACCGUGGUUAUUCGCUCAACUUUUCAGCCCUGCAGGAUGACGCUCUAAUUAUCGGAGAUCCGGAGUUGAUUGCAGAGUUUGCGUUUGAUACUUUCUUCAUUACGACAACUACAAAUGUCCUCCCACAAGUGAAUAAUACGCGUUUAAUAAGCAGUAUUGUUGCCAAAUACAAUAAUAAUGUUAGUAAUUUAUAUUUUCAUUUCUUAUUGGGUUUAAAGCUUUUAAAUGCUAUCGAUUUCAAAUGAUCUUCAUUAAAAUCUUUCUUUCUUAUC